AUGGGGUUCUUCGUCUGUCCAUGUUUCUCAGACGUAAGGCCUUCAUUCACUUCUCACCCUACGCCUCCCGAAUCCUCUGGAGCGUCGAUUCCGGGAUCUAAGCCAUUUCCAAGCGGAGAACCUGGCCCUUCGUCCGUUCCGUCGCUAUCUGGUGUCAGUACCACUUCAUCUGGAACCCCAAUUCCGCCUAUCCCAGGACCAUCAAGCUCAGGAACACCUGCUCCCAUACCAAUUCCCGGUCCCAAACCUGGUCCUAAGCCCGGUCCUGAACCGAAGCCUGGCCCUGGUCCCAAACCCGGCCCUGAACCCAAGCCUGGUCCUGUUCCUAAGCCCGGUCCUGGUCCAAAGCCUGGCCCUGGUCCCAAACCCGGCCCUGAACCCAAGCCUGGUCCUGGUCCAAAGCCUGGUCCUGCUCCCAAACCUGGCCCAGCUCCUAAGCCUGGUCCUGAACCCAAGCCCGGUCCUGGUCCUGCUCCCAAGCCUGGUCCUAAACCCAAGCCCGGUCCUGGCCCUGAACCCAAGCCUGGUCCUGGUCCUAAGCCUGGUCCUGGUCCAAAGCCUGGUCCUGGUCCAAAGCCUGGUCCUGCUCCCAAACCUGGCCCUGCUCCCAAACCUGGCCCAGCUCCUAAGCCUGGUCCUGAACCCAAGCCCGGUCCUGGUCCUGCUCCCAAACCUGGCCCAGCUCCUAAGCCCGGUCCAGCUCCUAAACCCGGUCCUGGUCCUAAGCCUGGUCCUGAACCGAAGCCUGGCCCUGGUCCCAAACCCGGCCCUGAACCCAAGCCUGGUCCUGGUCCAAAGCCUGGUCCUGCUCCCAAGCCUGGUCCUGAACCCAAGCCCGAUCCUGGUCCUGCUCCCAAACCUGGCCCUGUUCCUGUUCCACCUGAACCUACGCCUGAACCUGGUCCUAAUCCACCCAACCCGCCGAAAUGCAAGCAUAAGCCGCCGCAUAAGCGUACCGAGAAACGCGCCGUUGAUGGAGGUGAUAUCGCAGCCCUCAUUGAGCACGGUGUCGUUAGUCCGGUAAGUCGAAGAGUUGCGGACGCCUUGGGCGCCAUAUUGGCUUGUAUAUGGAAAUAA